GAUGCGUACUUAAAGUACCCAGGUUUGUGAGAUGGCGUGACAAGCCGCUGAGAAGCAUAUCGCGGUCCCAACAACAUGGCGCAAUUCAAAAUGGCGGACACCGAGAAGUGAUCUUGUUUUUAAAAAAGCCAAACAAAGUAACGAAAAUGGGAAAGAAAAAGAAGCCUUUUAUCGACAAAAAAACAGCACAUAGUUUCCAGGUCGUUCACCGAAGUCAAAAAGACCCUUUGCAAGCUGACGAAGACAGCUCCAAACGGGUUCUUGUGCCAAUUGACUCUGUUGCUCAGGCAUGUGCUGACCAAGCUGAGAAAUCGGAAACUUCAAUAAGCAAAGUUGAACAGCAGCUGGAGUAUGGCAUCCACUUUGAAGAUGAAUAUGAUUACAUGCAGCAUCUAAAGACACGUACAGACUGCACAUUGGAACCACUACCAAGCAAUGUCACAGUUAUUGAGAAUAAGAAUGUUACCAAGGAGUUUGGAAAUGUCAAGCUUCCUUCAGAAGUCUUUGCAUCUGGAUAUGAACAGGAGGAAGGAUUGCUGAAUCUUGCGGCUCCUGCACCCGGUCCACAUCCAGAGUGGGAUCCAGAUAUCGUUGCUGCACUUGAUGAUGACCUUGACCUUGAUGAAGAUAGUAAUAUCUUGGAUGAUGACUUUAUUUUUAAGGCAAAUGCUCCUUUUAAUGAAGCAGCUGAUGAGGAUGAAAGUGAUGAUGAUGAUCUGAUCAGGAGUGAUAAAGAAUUUGAUGAUAAUGAUGAUGAGAAAUAUUUUCCAUUGGAUGGGGAGGCAGAUGAUGAUUCACAUGGAGGGUUGUCUUUUGAUGACGAGGAAACUAAAUCCAGAUUCACAAGUUAUUCAAUGACAUCAUCUGUCAUUCGAAGAAACAAAGGUCUGACAAUGCUAGAUGAUAAAUUUGAGAAGGUUAUGGAGGAAUAUGAUGAAGAUGAGAUCGGAGCUUUGGACCAUGAAGAGGUUCUUGGCACAGUUGACACUAAUGCAGAUAGUCACAUCAUCAAUGCUAUCACUGAAGAGUUUGAGCAGACGAGGACUAAAGUCCACUUCUCAGGGCUGCCACUGGAGGGAAAAGGAAAUGGCUCAAAAUCUAACAGGACGGAACAGAGCAGUGGCGAAGACGAUGAGGAUUUGGUCAGGGUAGCAGAAAAACCCAAGGAACAAUGGGACUGUGAAUCUAUACUAAGCACUUACUCCAACCAUUACAAUCAUCCUACACUUAUCAAGGAGCCACCAUCAAAGACUAAAACGAUCAAGUUGUCAAAGAAGACAGGUAUUCCCAUUGGUGUUCUACCUGCAAGGCCUUCUUGGAAGGAAAUAAAUCAACCAGAUCAUUUAAAACAAAUGGAGGUCCUUGUUGGCCCCAAGCCGCGCAACGAGGAUAAGGAGCAGAAGAGAUUACGAAAAAAAGCGGUCAAGGAGGAGCGUAGGCAACGAAGAAGCGAGAAGAAGUCCAACAAAAUGGCGUUCAAGGCAGAAAGCAAGCGGCAAGAAGUGUCAAUGCUCUUCUCCAAACAACAACAAAGCCUCAAGUUAUGAACUAAGGCAGGCAGACAUUUAGUUAAGGUAGCCAAAGCUCCACAAAACCCGAAUAAAUGUUAUCCUGCGGUUAAAGUUAUCCAGGCUUAUUACAACUUUCCCCAGGUAUUUACAUAACGGAGAUACAUACGAGGGACAAGAAAAUGGUUCAAAACAAGAAAUUUGUCUGGUUUGAAAAACGAGGUUUGUCUGGUUUGAAAAACGAGAUUUGUCUGGUUUGAAAAACGCGGUUUGUCUGAUUUGAAAAACGGGGUUUGUCAAAAGAAGGCUGGCACUCGAUCGUAGUACCCUUUAGGGGUAAAAAUCACGGUUUUGGUACCUUUUAUGGAGUUCGAGUUCAAGUGCUGGCAUUUUUUUGUGACACGGUACCUUUUAGGGGUCAGAACAAGCUGCUACUUCGAUAUUAAAAAAAGUUUAAUGAAAUGGAUUUACAUGCUUUUCAACUACAAAUGUACGUUGUUCGUUAGUACCUUUUAGGGUAAAAAUUGACUAGAGCCACGCCCUUUUUGGUACCAUUUAGGGGUAAAAAUUUCCUACGAGCACCCCCGUCAUUAUAAUAUGGGAGCCCCCCCCCCCCCCCCCCCCCCCCGGGUCCUGUACGAUUGUAUGGAAACUCACCCUACGAUAAUUUGUGGUCAUAUCGAAACCACUUUGCGGUCGAUUGCGAUUUCUACUGUCAAAUUAGCUGCCUUAAUUUUCCCCGCAAAAUUUAUUUUUAGGCCUCGUGUUAUGAUAUAAACAUGAAAGCUUUGGAAGAGAAAAACUUACAAAACAAUUACUUCCUAGGUUUUAUUCAUAUUGAUUUGUGUAAUACGAUUUUGGGAGGUAAUAAAGAAUUGUUUUGUA